ACUGAAUAGAUGUAAAAAGGAAGGUGGAUCACUUGUAACUCUGUAUGAUGACGAGGACGCCACGUUCACAGAGAACUAUGUGAAUAAAAAGGAUCUCUAUUCCACCCACUGGCUUGGUCUGAUCAAGAACCGAACAAAUAUCACCACUUGGUCAAAUGGUGACCCGUUCACAUGUAAUCGCUCCAGUGUAAACCCAGCAAACAUAAGAAAUGGAGACCAAAUAUGUGAAGCAAUGGAAAACAAAACAUGGAAAGGUUUCAAUUGUUCAGAUAAACAUCCUUUCAUGUGUUACAAAGAUAAUCAAUACGUUCUGAUUGACAAGGAGAAAAAGAACUGGUGCCAGGCAGAGCAGUACUGCAGAGAGCGUAACAGUAAUUUAGUCAGCAUCACUAAUGAUGAUAAAAACAACGAAGUGAUUAAAGAAGGAAAGAACAAAACCUUCUGGAUUGGACUCCUGCAUGAUGAAUGGGAAUGGGUCGACGGAACCUGCUCGACUAACAGAACCUGGUAUAUUUCAUCAAGCGUUGAUGGACCAGAGAAAUGUACAGCUCAGUCAUUUAAUCCAUUGGAAAUUAGAUCAAAAUUUAUGAAACCACAUGGCUGUGGCAAUGACGCAAAACUACUUUGCUCCAAAGGCGACAUGAGAAUCAGAGUUAUUGAAGAAAGAUUAACUUGGGAAGAUGCUCUCGACUACUGUGAGAAAAAUCACACAAGCCUGCUGUGGAUGGCGGAUGAAAAUGAUCAGGAGGCGGUCCAGCAAUGGCUAGAUGUCAAUGAUAAAAGUGGUACAUUCUGGAUCGGUAUGAGGCAGAGUACCGUGUUUGGCUUCUGGAUCUGGAAGGACCGCCCAGUGACCGUGAGCAACUGGAAGGAUGGCCAACAGCCUGAGCCGUCCUUAGCCUACCAAUGCGGGGUCCUCAAAACAACAGACAACAACAAGUGGAGCAACGAACACUGUCUUCGCAAGCACCGUUUUAUUUGUGAGGAGAAGAUUUUCAAAAUGAACGUGUAAAAUU